AUGACCACCUUGACCGAGUUCCACCUCUUUCCCUUCCUCCCAUGGGAGAUGAGAAACAGAAUCUGGGAACUCGCCGUUCGCCCACUGGACCGACCCAGCGCCCACGUCUUCGAUGUCGACUGCGUUUUGCUCGAUGAGGAGCGACUAGAAGAAGGUGGCUCCUACAGUCAGUGGCGGGACAAACGCUAUCAGUUCGACACGAAGCAAAAAGAGAAGGACAAGCAAGAGCGCCGUCUGGCCCUGAAAGAGGGCGAUAUUUGGGUCUCGCCAAUACGCCAAGACUGUUUCUCCAUUAACUGGGUCUCCAUUGAUAGAGGCUACAUUUCUGACACGUAUCAGUAUCAUCUUCUAUCUGCCCGUGUUCCUGCAGCCACGCUACCCGCCCCCGGGGUCGCUGGUAGUAACCCGUCGGUAUACAUGGUUGAUGGAGGACUUUGGACCGCUUGCAAGCAAUCUCGUGAAGUAAUGAAGAAAGCUUUCGAUAGUGACAAGUGGGACAAGUUGAGGAUGAACCAUAAGCAGUUCGAAUGGCGAUCUGUUCGUGGAAGCGACUCCACUUUCGGGGAGGGGUUACCAUACGCGGGUUUGAGUAGGGAAGGAAUUUCCAAGAUGGCGUCGACCUUCUACACGUCUAGCUCGUUGCCGUCAUCAUCAACAUCAUCUAGCGGCAGCACCACUAUCACCGGUACCACUACAAACCCAAAGGAAGACAACAGCAACGUUGCAUCUCCUACUACCAUACUUGGCAAGCGCUACUUCACCGUCCUCCCCCAUCAAGAUCUUUUCAUCUUCAGACUGUCUACCGGGGUCAUGACGUCUUCUUGGGACGAGCUAUUCUGGGAUACUCUUGCCGAAAAACUCCCCCUGUGCGCGCAACACAAUGGGUUCCUCGGCUUGACUAACUUUGCAAUCGAAUUCAACCCAGCCUGGGGACAGUCUGAUGCCUACCAAAGCCUCGAUAAAUGUCCGCAGGUUACAAACAUGACAAAGGCCACAGAAGCCCUCGGAGUGUUACACGAUCGCAAUUAUUACGGCAAGACCGGAAUUGAAAGACACGACUGCGUUCUGUGGUUUAUCGAUUACCGGCUGGUUCCCAAGCCCAAAGCAGCCACUGCCAGCACCAUCAUCACAACCCCUGUCAUCUCUGACACCUGGGGCACUGCGUCCUGCUCUUCCCAAAUGGUCUUUCACGAUGGAAACUGUGGCCGCUACGUGCCCGUAGAGGAAUGGACGAUGGAUUUCUUGAACUUUAUUGAGCAGACAUACGCUUCUGCGGAGGAGUACUUUUACCCAGAGGGCUCGCUGAAGCCCAUCAAGUAUGAAGAUGGUGAAGAGUACACGGACUCAUGCCGUAAUUUUAUUUGCAAGGCACUCUACCCAUAUUGGUUUGACACGCACGAAGAGUACAUGGACCGGGGUAGUGGGACGCCGCCACAACAACUAAUGCCGUGGGCGGCGCAAUGGGGAAUUUUGGCUUAUCUACCGCCUGGGACGGAGGAAGGGACAGGCAUACAUACAUCAUGAGGUAUGCUUGAGAGAGUAGUCUACUGUAUGAAUUCCUUGCGAAAUACAGAAUCCGAAGUCGGGUUGCCGAGAGUGACUAGAAAAGCAAACUUCCCAGAUCAUCAUCAUCGAGGCAACCUCCGACUUGGUUACCUUGAUCUCGCGAGCCCGCAGGAAACUCCAGAUUAGCACGCAAAGAUCCAACAGUGUUCUAUUUGAUUUGCUUGUUUUCUUUUCCGAUUAGCUCGAACCCUUGGGAUGCUUGGGUCAACGUUUGUACACAUUUCCGUACUUCUACCAUCACACCAAUACACGCACAUUCUUCCACGA